CUGCUUUACACAAGGCAGUUUCUGUCAAGCCAGUUUCACUGCAUUUAAAGGAACUUUACACUAGUUCCAGACAGCUCGUCAGCUGAUAGAGAGAAGCUGCUCGGAGGCUCCUGGUGCAGAGGGCAUUACCCCGAUCUUCAGGAUGCCUGCUGGAAGCUGACCCGCAUCAUCCAUUAACCCUUUGUGCCUGGUCCGAGCAGAAGAUCGCAGGACAUCUGUGGACUCCCUGAAUUGAGGAUCCUCUCCCCGUGUUCUCUCUACAUUGCACUGAUUUGGAGAGAGAAGCCUUCAGAAUGCGGACCCCCACCGUGAUGAUCAUUGGCAUGGUGAUGGCACCCUGUGGGCUGGUGCUGAACCUCACCUCCACGGUGGCACCAGCCUGGCGGACACUCAGUUCUUUAGUUAACCGCCCCACGGACGUCAUACUGAAUCAGGGCAUAUGGGAUAUAUGCGAGGAGACGACCACCAACCAGGACAAGCAGUGUGGAGUGACCGACAAUAACUACUUCAGCCAGCAGGUGGUGCAGGUUGCCCGGGCAUUAAUGAUCGUCUCCCUGGUGGUCAAUGCCCUGGGCAUCGCUUUGGCUUCCUGGGGUGUACGCUGCUGGGAAGAAGUACCCAACUUCCUGAUAUCAGCCUUUGGUGGAAUGGUGAUCUUCAUCUCAGGAGUCCUCAGCCUGAUACCCAUAGCUUGGUAUAACAACCUGAUGUACACCAUGCCAACUACAGACGGGCAACAAAACACGUAUGUGGGGUACGCCCUGGUUCUCGGCUACCUGGGCAGCUGCUUGGAGAUCAUAGGUGGGUUCUCGCUUAUGCUCUGCUUUGUGCCACCCUGUAAGAAGUGCAUAAAGAACAAGGGAAAACCAACUUCUGCUAUGUACUACAGCAAGAAGCAAACCCCCUACCAGGAAAAACCCACCAGCCAUGUGUACAGCGUCCAGAACUCUGCCUUCCCUUCCCACGACCUCAGAUACAGUAUAGAGAAUGACAGCUACCGGCAUGAUAAGAAGACCAUCUCUGUGGUGUCCAGCCCCAGAUCUUACACCAACAGCAUGGAUGUGACUGCUGGAGAGCACCCUAGAAGCUAUGGUAGACCUGGAAGCCAACUCAGUUCUCUGCCCUGUGACUCUGACCUACUGUAGAGCUGUGGUAGUCCCAGGUUAUAUCUAUGAUUUCAGAUGAAGGAGCAUGUAAAUCAACAUGUGCACAAUUAUAUGUUUAUAUCU